AUGGGGGGGAACAAGGCUGAUUGGGUUGUUGUCAGGACGGAAGUGCGUUCGAAUGGCUCGGAAUUAGUUUCAGAAUUCCCACCACUGGACACGCUCGAUGAUAGUCGUCGAUUACACCUGAUCAACGCAUUUCGUCGAUAUGGCUAUCGCGUUGCCGAUCUAGAUCCUCUUCAUCUGAAGCGACCACCUGUAGUGCAUGAAUUGAAGCCAGAAUUGUACGGAUUAAAUCCAGAGAGUGUGCUGCGAGAUGUUGGUAUAUCGAUACGCGUUGCUGAUCUUAUCGAUAAACUCAGCGCCAUUUACUGCGGAAACAUUGCCACUGAAUUCAUGCAUAUAAAGCAGGAUUGGGAAGAAAGAACGUGGUUUGCACAGAGAUUCGAGGAUAUGCACAGGGUGGAGAUAAAGGCGGACGAGAAACGACGAUAUGCUGAACUGAUGCUGAGGAGUCAGAACUUCGAUAGAUUCAUGUCGUUGAAAUUCCCGACAGUGAAACGAUACGGUGGAGAAGGUGCNUCUAUUCGCGGUAAACUGGAGUUUCCGGAAGAUGUGCAAGGUGUCGGUGAUGUUCUAUCGCAUUUCACAUCAUCAAUAGAUCAUAAGACAUCGAAUGGUGAGGUGCAUAUAACAAUGAUGCCGAAUCCGUCACAUCUGGAAGCAGUGAAUCCGGUGGCGAUGGGACGAACUCGAGCCAGGAUGUUAACCAAAAGAAGAGGUGAUUAUGCUCAGUCAGACGGGCAAAGUGGUGAUGGAGCACUGUGUGUUCAAGUGCAUGGAGAUGGUUCGUUCACUGGACAGGUUCAUAUCAUGUUUGCUGAAUUGAUUGAUUCCUGGGCGUUAGGGUUGAAAGCGGGAGAGGAAAGUUUUCUUGGCCAUCCCCCGCGAGAAGCACGGGGACUCCCGAAAAAGUGGUCUUUCUUCGCAGUACCCAUAUUACUCCUCCGCCAAAAAAAGACUCCUUCUUUAUUUCGGCUGGUUAUCUGUUUGUAUUAA